AUGCGGCUGCUACAGUGUAACGAUAUAGGCACUUACAGCCUGACCCCCGACCUUCCUCCCAACGAUGUCCCCGCGUAUGCGAUCCUUUCACACACUUGGGGCCCUGACGAGGUAGUCUUCUCCGAUCUUACAAAAGUGCCAGGUGAUUGGCAACACAAACAGGGCUUUGAAAAGAUCGAGUUUUGCGCAAUUCAAGCAAACCGGGACGGUUUGCAGUACUUCUGGGUUGACACCUGCUGCAUCGACAAGUCUGACAGCAGCGAGCUUCAGACUGCGAUUAAUAGCAUGUUUCGAUGGUACCACAACGCGGAACGAUGCUACGUCUACCUGCCCGAUGUCUCUAGCAUUAUAGCCUCAAGUCAACAACACACUACAACGCCAUGGGAGGAUGCUUUCCGACAAAGUCGAUGGUUUACCCGUGGAUGGACGCUACAAGAGCUAAUCGCCCCAGAGACAGUCGAGUUCUAUUCGAAAGAGAAGUCUUGGCUAGGAGAUAAACACACACUAGAGCCGUUGGUUCGCGACAUUACAGGCAUUCCUGCGAAUGCGCUCCGUGGUGCGCCUCUAUCCGACUUUACGGUUGCAGAACGAGAAGCAUGGGUUCGCGGCCGCCAGACGACACGUGAGGAGGACGUGGCAUAUUCGUUGCUGGGCAUAUUCGACGUGUUCCUGCCGCUUAUCUACGGUGAAGGGCGAGACAACGCACAGCAACGGCUGCGAGAAGAGGUCCAGAAAAGAGUAAAGGGAUCACGGGCUGACGACUUCUCUCUCCCUUUCAGCCUAUCUGCAGUCCCCGAAUCUCAGGAUUUCGUCGCACGAGAGAAUGAAAUCGCAGAAAUGCGCAGGACACUAAGCUCAGAUGGUAGCCGUCGCGUUGUUGUCCUGCACGGCCUCGGCGGCAUUGGCAAGACGCAGCUUGCCGUGGCUUAUAUGAAGCGAUUCCGAGACGAGUACUCUGCCAUAUUCUGGUUUAAUAUUAAAGAUGAAGCAUCGAUACAACUCAGCUUUACCAGAGUCGCGACGCAGAUUUUGCAGCAGCACCCCAAUGCGAGUCACCUCAGAGGCCUAGAUUUGCAGAACAACGAUCAUAUGAUCGAAGCUGUGAAGGCAUGGCUCAGCUUGCCGGGGAACACCAGGUGGCUUGCUGUGUACGACAACUACGAUAAUCCAAGGUUGACCAAUCAUAGCAAUGACAGAGGGAUAGACAUCCAUCGAUUUCUUCCAUCCUCGUACCAAGGGUCGAUCGUAAUCACGACGCGGUUAUCACAGGUCGAUAUAGGUCAUCGUAUCCAGAUCAAAAAGCUUGAAUCGAUAUAUGACUGUCUUAAAGUAUUAUCAGAAACGUCAGGCCGAACCAUUCCGCUCGAUGACAUGGAUGCAAAAGGGCUUGUCGAAGAGCUCGAUGGUCUCCCGCUUGCGCUUGCCACGGCUGGGGCCUACAUCAGGCACGCUGCAAUCACCGUCAGUGAUUAUCUUCGGCUCUAUCAAAGUUCCUGGGCGAGGCUCCACUCCAGCACACCGAGCCUGGGAUCGUACCAAGACCGCACACUUUCCUCUACGUGGCAAGUCUCAUACAAACACCUACAAGAGCAAAAUCCACUGGCUGCUCAUUUACUCCAAUGGUGGGCCUAUUUUGACAACGAAGACGUGUGGUUUGAACUAUUGCAGCCACGCAGCGAUAACGGACCAUCGUGGAUGGUGGACCUGAAGGACGAAUUGAGCUUCAAUAGCGCGAUGGGCAUGUUGCAUAGCUACGGAUUUUGUGAGCCACACGGCACUAGUCCAGGCGUGGGUGGAUCCCGGGGAUAUAGCAUCCAUGCUUGCCUGCACUCUUGGACGAUUCAUAUAUUGAAUCAGGGUGGAGAUGAUAGUCUAAAUAAGCUUGCGUUGGAAUGCAUAGCAUCAAUGGUGCCGUCACAAGAAGACGAUCAGUUCUGGCUGCUUCAAAAAAGGCUUUUGGCACAUGCGAUGACGUGUUCUGCGACAAUACAGAGUGGAGACGAUGAGUUAGCUUGGGCUUUCCACUCCCUAGGGCUCCUUUACUCGGACCAAGGCAAGAUACAAGAGGCCGAGAGAAUGUACUUGCGGGCGCUUCAAGGGUACGAGAAGACAUGGGGCCCGGAUCACACGUCGACGCUCUCCACGGGUACGAGAAGACGUGGGGCCCGGAUCACACGUCGACGCUCUCCACGGUCAACAACCUAG